GAAAUACACAUAAAGGAACCCGUAGAAAAGGAGGUAAAUCCUCACCUAUUACCAGGUGAACUGCUGCUUUGUGAGGCAAACACAGUAUACAAGUAUAUACAAGAAGAUGGGUCAAAUCGUGGCACCUAUGGGAAACUUGUAUGCACAAACUUCAAGAUUGCUUUCCUUGAUGACUCCGCUUCAGAUGAUGAUGAGCCACAAUUUAAGAAUAAGAUCGUAGGAGAAAAUGACAUAACCCUGCAAUGUGUAGAUCAAAUCUACGGAGUUUAUGAUGAGAAAAAGAAACUUCUAACUGGACAACUGAGAAAAUACCCCGAGAAGCUGAUUAUCUACUGUAAGGACCUUAGAGUAUUUCAUUUCUGCCUGAGAUACACAAAAGAAGAGGAAGUGAAAAGAAUCGUCAGUGGUAUAGUUCAUCAUAGCCAGACUCCUAAGCUGCUUAAACGCUUGUUUCUGUUCUCUUAUGCAUCAGCUGCCCCAAACAACACAGAUGGCAGAAACCAAACUAUGAUGUUUGAUACUCUUGAGGACUGGCGUGAUGAGUUGGAGCGGACCAAAGGGAAUGUGAAAUACAAAGCAGUGACUACCAAUGAACGCUACAGAGUCUCUGAAAAGCUGCCUUUGUAUUUUGUUGUUCCCAUAUGUGUUUCUGAAGAGACUUGGGUAGUGAUUUGGUGUUGGUCUUGCCAUAACGGUGCUGCUCUUCUCAAAAUGUCUGCAUUUCCCAAAGAACAGGAUGACAGCACUUCACAAACACAAAAAGCCUUCUUGGAUGGAAUCUAUAAGACAAUUAGCAAACCUCCCUACGAACUCCUGAAGACUGAUGACUUGUCAAGCAGCCUUCCAUCUCUGCAAGAUAUCCAGACUGCAUACACAAAAUUUAAACAGCUGUUUUUGAUAGAUAACAGUACAGACUUCUGGGCAACUGAUGUGAAAUGGUUUUCAUUACUGGAGAACACAAACUGGCUAGAGAUAAUCAGGCGAGUCUUGAAGAAAGCAAUAGAAGUUGCUGAGUGUCUGGAAAGACAGCAUACAAAUGUUCUCCUUAUAGAAGAGAGUGCUACUGAUCUCUGCUGUGUAAUCUCUAGUCUGGUUCAAGUGAUGAUGGAUUCAUACAGCAGAACAAAGUCAGGGUUUCAGAGCCUUAUUCAGAAGGAGUGGGUAAUUGGAGGACAUGGCUUUUUGGAUCGUUGUAACCACUUACAUAAAAGUGACAAAGAGGAGGCUCCUGUUUUUCUGCUCCUGCUAAAUUGUGUUUGGCAGUUGGUACAACAGUAUCCGCCAGCAUUUGAGUUCACAGAAACUUACUUAACUGUCUUGUCAGACAGCCUCUAUGUGCCUAUUUUUAGCACUUUCUUCUUCAACUCACAACAUCAAAAAGACACUAAUUCGAGCGGUGAAAGCCUCAAGACACAAAGCGGUCCUUUCAGAUUUCUCACUGUGUGGGACUGGUCUGUGCAGUUUGACCCUGAGGCCCAAGCUUUCCUGAACAACCCUUUUUAUGCAGAGAAGACAAAACCAGAUAAAAGUCAACGGAAAACUGCACGAUUCAAACAUCAACGGCAACUUUCUUUGCCAUUGACACAAACAAAAUCUCCCACGAAGAGAGGAUUUUUCAGGGAGGAAACAGAUCAUUUAAUUAAAAACAUCCUGGGUAAAAGAAUCGGCAAGUUCAUGAAUUCUUCAGAUGAACCUCCUAAUACCUUCAGGGAAUUUUAUGAUAGCUGGCAUAGUAAACCUGUUGACUAUCACGGUCUUCUGUUACCUCGCAUUGAUGGCCCUGAAAUCAAAGUCUGGGCACAACGGUAUUUACGAUGGAUUCCUGAAGCCCAGCUUCAUGGUGGUGGUACAAUAGCUACAGCUGCCAAGAUUUUGGACUUGAUGGAGGAAGUGCAAAGGCUGCAGGUGAAAAUGGAUGAACAGCAUAGUCAAGCUGUUUCUGGAGAUAUACAUUCUGUUCCAAUGCUGAUAAAUUCUCCCCGUUUGUCAUCCUUAUUUCCAUUUGCUUUACUUCAGAGACAGUCUAUCAAACCAGCCUUACCCACUAGCACCUGGAAAGACUUGGAAGACGAAGAUGACUUGGUCAAGAGGGAUGACGAAUUUGUUGAUCUAAGUGGUGAUGUCAUAAAGUGUAUAUAAAUUAACAUAUGAAUUGUAUGUGGUGAAGCUCUGAGUUUUAAAUGUUGUGCUGCAUCCUCAUAUAAGGAACUCCAUCAAGCAUCUGCAGCCUGUUUAAUGGGUUUGUGGGGUUAA